AUGCUUCCUGAAUCUCUUCUAUGUCUCCUAAGCGCUACCUUCGCAUUUGCACAGGCACGACAACAACUAACACUCGACUCUGUUGCCUCCUUCAACACCCUCAGGCUAAACCCUCCGUCGUUCUCAAUUCCCCAGGAAGAACGUCUUGCUGUUAGCAUAGCGCUAUGUUCAGUGACGAGCUCUCAACCGCGCUUCUUUGUAUCCAAUAUCAGCAAUUCCGACGGUCAGAGUGACCCAGGGCCUGCUGGAGGGACAAAUGUUUUCGAAAUCAAGAUGGUGGAUGGACUAGGAAGCUGGACGGGCGGGUUUCCAAACGGAGGGCUACUAUCUGUCCAAAGUAGCGACAGCGACGGAUUUUCGUUCGACGUCGGGCUGUCCACAAACGCAGAGCCACUACACCAAAACAUAACGCUACCAUUCCUCGGCGAUACAACCUCCAAUCAAGCCAUUGUACUAUCUGCCCCAUUUGCCAAGUUCGAUAUCCCAGUACCUUCAUAUCCAAACUACACACUACCGGCAGCCAACAUGUCGCAACCACCUCCACCUUCAUCUACUCCGAACAUGACCUUGAUUGUAACAGAAACCUCGCGAGCAAUCACGGGUGGCCCGAGGACGGGCUGCUUCCUCUCAUCUCAGACGACUACUGGCGCCAUCGACGAGCAAAUGGUUUGGGCUCGCGACAUCUUAGGGUACCGGUCGCAAUGGCUGCUAAGCGGCCUCACUCCGUCAACGAACUACACGGCGUUCGUCAUUCAGGAUAGCACGAAAGUUAGCGGCCCGAUAUAUUUUACAACGAAAUCAGCCGCCUUCCUGUGUCCACUCGUGCACUCCCUCCCGUUCUGUCCUGGGGUGGCCUACAGCAUGCCUCUACCCGCACCACCAGCCGGCAGCACCUCCUACACUGCCGCCAACCUCCCAUCAACCCUCACCGACCCUCUCAUCUCCUACAUCGCCAACUUCACACACGUGCUAAGCACCUUCGCGUGCGGACGCGACUGGUACUCGCCACUCAAAGGGUGCGACGACUGCCAACGCGAGUACCGGCGCUGGCUGUGCGCUGUUUCACUGCCUCGGUGUUCUGAGGCGAGCCCUGCCAACCCUGACGGGUUCACGUCUGUGCCCGCUGAACCGUCCGCGACGGGCAUCGUCGCGUCCAAGGUGGCUCAGCAGGUCCUGUCGGCGCUCGUGCCCGUGGAGACACGCGACCCACCAAGGAACGAGUUCAUGCCGGAGCUGGGGCAGCCGUACACCGCACUCCUGCCGUGCCUAGAGCAGUGCAACAUCAUGGACCGCGCCUGCCCGCCGUUCGUAGGUAUCAAGUGCCCCACGAGCACUUUUAACGCGGGGGCGAGCUAUGGUGUGGGCUACAUCGACAGCGCGGAUGGAGAUGAGUUUGGGGGGCUGACGGGCACGGCGCAGGAUCGGUGGGGCAAUGUCUGGUGCCAACUGGUCUAG